AUGACGAUGGGCCAGGGACAAGACGAAUGCCAACUAUUAGGAGCCACGCUGCCAGUUAUCAAAUCAGCCGAGGAAAACGACUUUCUUCUUAAUCUGAUGGAGGAAAAUGGUGAGCCAUGGCUUGGAAUGGAAGCAUCAGAUGGUGAUAACGAUUUCAAGUGGGUAGAUGAAACGUCAGUGGCGAGCAACUUCUCCGCAUGGGCUCCGGGUGAGCCUAACUACUCUGGAGUGGAAGAGAACUGUGCGUACAUGUACGUCAGCGGAAAUUACAAAGGAAUGUGGAAUAACAAUCCUUGUGAACAACUUCAUCAUGUUGCAUGCCAAAAGCAGAAGUAA